AUGGUUAACAGCGCACGAACGUUUACUGGUACUGGUGUCUGUACCUUUGGGACGCGCCUCAGGCAGCGGAAGCUGCUCGUCUAUUGGGCAGCGGUGCAGGCGGGCAGCGGUAUUUUGCUCUGCCUGCUGCUGCUGCUGCCACAAGAGGCAACGGCGGGCAUUGUGCCGCCACCCUGGAGUGAUCCCGCUAAGAAUCCUUGCGCCAGCAUGGCCGGUGGCUGGCAGCUGCUCUACUGGACGCCGCUUAAGAAAUGCUUCAAGAUCUUUACGCUCGGCUAUCCCUGCCCCGACACUAUGGAGCUGAGUCCGACGCCUGUGAGCGCCAAGCGCAAGGAUGUGCCCGCUGCCGAGUGUCGUUGUCCACCCGGCACAGCGCUAAGCGCUUUGAGCAAUGCCUGCCACAAGCUCUACGAGCGUGGACCUUGUCAGCGCGGCGAGUACUUUCAUCCCAUACCAGAGCAGUCCAAAAGGUCGGACAAUCGUUGGGGCAGCUGCCGGCAUCCGCUGGAGUGCAGCGCGGGCAUGAUCUAUUGGCCGGCGGACGGCAAGUGUUAUCCACAGCAUGGCAAGGGACCCUGCACACGAGGCAAGCUGCUCACUCUCAAUGCGGACGGUCUGGCCGAAUGUCACUGCGAUGCAAUUGGCGAGCUGUCUCCAUAUUUUUACGAAGUCGAGGAAACCUGCUAUGAGCACUAUACCAAAGGACCCUGUUCGACGCCUGGUCACAUCUUUCUGCCUGGCGGACGCUGCGACUGUCAGCGGCAUUUGCCACAUUAUCAUGCGCCACAUCAGAUGUGCUAUGAGCUGGACACGCCUGGACCUUGUCCGCCUGGUCACAUCUUUCGUAUUCCGGACGAGUUGAAUGUUAGUGAUGAUGAGUCCAGCUUGCUGCAGUUGCUUCCACGCGCCCAGUGCCUCUGCAAGGAGGGCUAUGUGCCCUGGAGCGAUGGCAGCUGCUAUCGCCUCUAUACACGCGGCCCCUGUGCUCCCAACGAGUUUCUGCUCAACUCCACCAGUUGUGUGCGCAACUUUUGCGGCAAGAACCGCCUCUACUUUCCCGCUGAGGACUCCUGCUAUCGCAUUGGUUCCCAGGGUCCCUGCGCACUACACCAGGUGGUAGUGUUUGAUUUCACAGCGCGUCCCUCGCUCGAUGGUAUUGCAUACAACGGUGUCUGCGGUUGCGCAGGCGUCAUUACUAAUCUCGAUCAGCAGUGUGCUGCGAGCAGCGACCAGCAGUCGGACAAGAGCAGCUGCGAAAGCACACCCGGCAUGGUGGAGCUAACCGGGCAGUGCCACAAGCUCUAUACACGCGGUCCCUGCGGUGCUGGUCAGUGGCUGGAGCCGCUUAAGUCACAAUCCAACAAUGGCACUGCGCUGCUGGGCUACGGCGGAAAGGCCAAGUGCGUUUGCCGACCGGGCUAUACGCCGGCGGCAACGGAGCACGGAGGCACGCACAAUUGCAGUGCGCCGAGCGUGAGCCUGGCGAGGUGGUUUUUAGACAUAUUUGGCUAAGGAGCACCCGACUUAAAAGGGAGCGAGAGAGAGAGGGAGUUUGUGCCAUGAAUGUAUUACGACAGAUUAUGUAUAGAUCGCUAAGUAAACCGUAUAUAAUACCAAUAAAGAUAUUUAGUAACAAAAUGUGUGAAAUUAUGCGUUCACAGACGCCUAA